CUUAUGGAGGGCCGCUCAAGUAAAUAGAUAAGAGAAAGGUUCUUAAAUAAUUUGGAUCCUGAAAUAAACAGAGAAAAAUUCACUAUAUAAGAAGAUCAAAUCAUUUUAGAACAAUAUCGAAUAUAUGGUCCUAAGUGGAGCGAAAUUGCAAAAAUGUUAAAUCGAAGACCAGUACAGUGAGGACCUAUCAUUAGGAAAAUUAAGUGAAGAAUCGAUUUUACUCUUAUAUAAAGAGAGUUCAUAUGUUAGAUGAAAGAUCAGAUGAUGAUGAAGAUGAUCGAUCAAUGGAAUCAGAGCCAGAGCAGCCACAAAAAUUAGUUCCAAAGUCUAAAUUGAAUGUGUCUUAGCCCAUCUACCAACCCUUAGAUACAAUUUAGAGUUUGAAAGAGGAACAUGAUAAUACUAAAAACGAUUCAUUGUUAAUAAAUUAGACACCAUCUCAUCGUAUCUAACCAUCGAUUAAUUUGAUAUAAGGUCGUUCUAUCAUAUAUUUCUAGAUUCAUUUGAUUCUAAGUAAUUUGGAGGGAUUGAGGAAUAAGAUGUUUCCCCCUUUAAUUAACAUCGAAAGAUAUUGGAAUAUAGUCCUAUUAAUUUUUAGUAUGCCCAUCAUUAACCCAAUUUUGACAUGAUCUAAGAAGACAUAAAGGAAUUAAAAUGCUAAAUAGAAAGUAUUAAUAUAGAACAUCCUAUUUGA